AUGGCAAGAGGCCGGAAACUUGAUGGUGCGAACCGCCAACCCGAUGCUGCCUGGGAUAAAUGUGCUUCUCGACAACUAAAAAAAUCUCUCCGCCAAUCAAUUGGUGAAGAAGGUGGUGAUCUCCCCAGGAGCUCAUCCAAACGCAAAUUAUUCAUCCCAGAAGAUGACGAUUUAUCAUGCGUUUCCCACUCAGAAAUCUCUCACGAGGAUUCGUACUUUGAAGACACGGACUGCACACCUGUGCCUGAUAAAGAGACCCCGCCCAAACGUCUCAAGUCCAACGACUGGCCUCUAUCUAAUAAUAAUUCGGUACUGAUCGAAAACCAGGCGGUUAGCAAUAACGUACAGCCUUCACUAAGGUCGAAAAGGGGCCAGAGCGCAAGCCGCACACGCUGGCCCUCUGCUAUCUCACCGGGACGCCGAUCGCGAUUCCGAGAGGGCAGCAUGCGAGAUCGAGCCAGUGUCCAGCCACCACCCGAAUUUACAGGCGAAAAUGAAGAAAAUUUACCAUCCUAUCUGUCGGAAGAAGCGCUAAACGACGCAUACUUGAGGAAGUCUCCUCAUAGGAGCUUUUAUCAGCUACAUGCACAGACUGCGUCUCAUUUGCCAUCGCCUACGGUCCAUACCGAGCCAGCCUAUGCAAGGGAGCCGGGAUUCGUGCGGUUUGGGAAAAAGUUCGCUUCAGCUUUCAACUUCUCUGGUGUGUUGCACAACGUUUCCGAAAUAUGGAGGGGACCACAAGAUGCAAGCAAAUCAUCAUCUCGGGAAGUGUCAGUGGACAGAAAGCUGAGAGCCGAAAAGGCGUACGCGGACCUCAAGGCGGCUGGGUAUCCUGGGACUAACAAGCUAGUUUACACCGGUCGAGCGGGAACGGCUUCCCCCGUCAAGUUUGGUAACGACGGAGAGGGAAUGAUGCGGAUUUCUAAUGUGAACAAGGACCUUCCCCCUCCUCCCGCAGAAUUUGGGUUGCUUACAACUUCCACCAUUCGACCCACUAGGUCGUUCGCGUCCAUUUCCCCGAGCAAGAAGCAAGCGUCGGUCGACUCUGUUUCUAAACGACUACCUAAACAAUCCUCAAUGAAAGAUCUGUUGAAGACCGAGAAAUUGAGAGAACGCCUGACGAGAAAAGUGAGCAAGCUAGAAGAGGAGUGGGAGAAGGCACAAAGAGAGCUUCGUGCCCUAUCUUCCGACCGUGAAUUCCACUUUACCUCACCGCGCGUUUCCCCGGUGCGAAAUAAAAGGGCGUUUGCUCCCUCGAGGCUACCUUCUUUACCCUCCGAGCGACUUCUCCAGGACCAGGCGAAACCACCCCGAGAAGAUGAUCAAGCCCAGGCUAUGUAUACGACGCAAUGCCAGAGUGGUAGGGCCUCAGUACCUUUGAAUCCACGACGGACUCUACGAAAAUGUCCUGCAACGAUCAAUAGCCGGGCAGCGAAUCCUAGAGGACGGAAAAUGUCAACGUCCUCCUUCUCCGAUUACGUUUACUCACAAGAUACAGAAAGUCCGGACGAGGACGAGGUUUCUACCGGUGUGAAGAGGAACAAGUUGAGUACACCUCUAGGCAGUCCACCCACACGCCAUCAACCUCACCGAAAGGCUAAAACGCAAAGACUGACGCCCUUUCCUGCGUAUACACAUACCGAAAGCAUUUCGCAUGUUAGCAUUCCUGCGACAAGUCGGGGGGACCGUGGUAACUCGUCGCGUCUCAGGAGAAAGCCAUCGCAAGCAUUUACGGCAACGCCAGGAGAGAAUGGGGUCCCACCUUUACCGGGAAAGCUCGGCGACAGUCCCAGAAGGGGUGAAUUCGAGUGGCCUGAAGAAUGUUUCUGA